AUAAAGCUGCGUGAGUUAGAAAAACGUUGUGCACUACAGCAGUUGCUCCAGGAGGAAGUUUUACUGGAGCUGGAAGGUGCGAGGAAACGAGAACGCUUGACGGAAGCAAACGAACAACUCUUCAGUUCAGCAGAUCAGGCCUACCGAUCUACCCUGGCAGAUUUUAGCAACAUUUCACUGUCCACCAGUGGACUAGCAAAGGUUGACUACGCCAACUAUAACCGGUCGACUGAAGCGACCGACUUUUCCUUAGGCUCUGGAAGCACAGGUUCCACAACACGUGUGAAUAUCAAACGGUGCGUUCUAGGGAGUGGCCCUGUGGCUGUUGGAAAACCCGUGACUUCUGAUGAACAAGAUCCAAACCUUGUGGAACUGUUUCAAACUUCAGACGAGCCCUUUGAGAUAAGCGAUAUUCGUGCCCCUCGAAUGCUUACCCUCGAACGCCAACUUGUGCAUAGUGUUUUGAUUAGUUGGAAACCCCCUGAUGUAACCACCACUGGCCAAACAGUUUCCGCUUACCAUGUAUACGUUGAUGGACAGUUUCGGCUGGCGGUAAAGGCAAAAGAAAAAACCAGAGCUCUGCUGGACAGAGUUGAUGCAGACAAAGAUCGCAUUCCGGUUGAUGGGACUAGGAAGUGGGUACUCAAAAUAAAAUGUAACGACUGCACAAAGGUUUAUAUAGGUCAGACAGCCAGGGAAUCGCACAUCAGAAUCGGUGAAUGUGAGCGUUUCAUUAAUAGACCACUGAGAAACGUAGAUGAAUACCAGGCAAUUGUCAAAGAUUCGGCAAUGGCAAGGAAUGCACUAAACUCUGGACAUAGGAUAGAUUUAGAAAAUCCGCACCGGAUAUCUGUACGAGCUAUUAGCACAAAAGGUCAAUCAAAAGAUGCUGCAUGCACGCUUGUGGUCGGCAGAGGAAUGACCGCCACACCAGGACGUUUGCGGGCCACACAAAUCACUACCAAUUCGGCAAAACUAAGUUGGAUGCCUGGAAACAGCAACUACUGGCACCGCAUCUUCCUCAACCAACAGGAGCUGUGCACCUGUCCUCCCGGAGUGUAUAAGAUUUUACUAACAGAUCUGCCACCUGACGCCCUUCAUUGGGUUUGCGUACAGGCUGUUGUCCAAAAGACCAAUAUUCCCGAAUCUCAAAAGUCCCCCAUGUCUAUCAUCUGCAGCCCACGAAGUGGCGUGGACACACAGAAGCUGGCUGCAUUCAUAGAAUUUCGUACUCUUCCAAUCGACAAUCGUUCAGCUGUAACACGCUUUCGGUGCCUAGCUGCAAUACCACCCGAAGGAAGCACGAGGGCUGGGAUACUUCAAGGUUACACAAGCCUGAGAGGUGAAAUCGAGAUACAGAGGUCGAGGUCGAAUCACGGAACUUUCGGUGGCUUACCGGAUCCCCCAACAAACGUCCAACUGGAGCCAGGUCCCCAGGAUGGCAUGCUGCUUGUCACAUGGUUGCCGGUUCCACAGGAUCAGGGUGCAGCUGCAGCUGCAACGGCAGCCGGUGCCGGCAUAACUCUUCCCGUACAAGGUUACACCGUCUGCCUUAACGAAAAUUCUCUCGUGGAGGUUGCGGAAUCUACAAACGAUCAUGCCAUAAUACCAUUGCAGCAAAUCAAAUGUCAUUUGGAAGCUGCUGGAACUACGAGUUCUGUCACUAGAUCCAGUGAAACUGAGACUUCUGAAGCUACACUAGCUGAUAACCGACAGUUAAGCCCAGAUCUUCCGGAUACUGGAAUACCUCAGCACCUUUUUAUCACGGUACACUCUACUGUUCCAAGAGAAGCAACUGAAUCCAAGACCGCUUUUGCGAACUCCGAGUCUCCUAUCAAAUCUAACAUUUUAAAAGGUGCUGCGGGACCAGGUUCUCUUCCAGUAAAUCUGACCGCAGGGUUAUUGUUGGCAUCGGCGGGCUCGCUUCAAGCAGCAAGGCGCAUCUUUGGCUCACGUCUUUCACUCCAUCUUGGGAUUGACGAAGCAGCGGCUAAGCGCGCAGGCGUUCCCCUGAUUGUGGAAAGAGAAAUGUCAACAAGUCCCCCGCCCACUACACAAGUGGGCCAUGUUUCAACUCUCGAUCCCGGUCUUGUGAUGGUUUCCGCAGAUCUGACUGCAAGAAAGCUCAGCCCGACUGCAGACGCUAUUGGGUCAGCCGAAUUGCGUGAAAAGACAAUUGGUCCUUUUUCAUCAAGAAAACUACUCACAAGGUUGCUGAAAACUCUUCGACAGCCCACGAUCGGUGUUGCCCUUCUUGGGGCUCAUCAGGCCCUCUUAAGACGCCGUAAGUUGGAUGAUAACGAAGAACACUCUGCACCAAAUUCCUCCCCGGAAAUGAACCUGCCGGAAAUAGAACGGGGUUUUCAUAGAAAUCGAUUCAGAUCACACCCCAUUCACUCUUCAGAACCAUGGCCCUGGCCAGAGUCACAUGCUGGCCGCCCAGGCCAUCCGCCGCAUCUUCCAGUUACAAGACGACCCCCCACGAAUUCUUCGUAUGCACGAAAAUCAUGGCGUCAGUUCCGAUCACUGUCAGAUGACCAUGAUCCCCGUUUAUUUUAUGCAGAACAAAUAGAUUUAGAUGAUUUCCGCGAGGAUUCAAACGAUACCGCACCAUCUCAAGAUGUCCGAGUAUCUGGCCCGAACCGCUGGUUUCGAACAUCUUCACUGUACAAUAUCCACCAAAAAAGACCUAUCCGAGGUAGACGACCGCGGGGUUCGGCAAAGAGCAGUUGGGAUUUGAGAAAUCUAGAAGUAUCUCCGAGGUACUUAGAGGACGAACAGUUUAAAAGAGGAGAUGGAAUCCGAUUUUGCUCAGCUCGUUGUCAACGCUUUCCAGUUGAUCAGAGUUACCAAGAAUAUACCGCCCGCUGUGGUUCUAUGCCCUGGGAUGAAGUUACGCAUCGCGGCGCCGCUGCGCCUUACUCAGUAUUCACAAAAUUUGGGCACAGGUUUCGGGACCAGUUUGAAACUGAAGUGCCUGGUCCAAUCAUCAGAGCAUUUUCUUCGUCUUCAAAUGACGACAAGUACAGCUAUUAUGUACCAGAUAUUUUUACUGAACAACGAUUUAGUAGUGGGCAGGUUAUGCUACCAACACGUAAGCCUGGGUAUUAUAGACCCCGAAGCAGAAGCGCAAGCCCACAUCGACCCCAGCACCAAUAUGGCCCCAGAGUUGUACCAACAACUUGGGCCUCCCGCUUAUUUGAGUUUGACAAUCAAGUAGCUCCGGAAGCUCAAGGUUACUGGCCUCCCAAUCCAAGCAGAACACAUCGAUCGCUGAUCAGGCACGCUGGUCAUGGAAGUGUCGGCAGUCGACACAAAGCGCACACUUCCGGCCAUCCAGUUCACUCAGUGCCCGAAAUCCAAAUCCACCAAGACUCUGAGACAUCUGGGCCACCACGACGAACUCGGUCAAAGCAUAUGGAUCUCCGUGGAUAUCAUGAGGAAUUACGGCCAGAACUAACUCCUCAGCAUUUCAAAAUAACAGAACAACUAGUCGACCCAUGUUCACAACAACCUAAAUUUGUGCAUGCUCCUAAAAGCUCAGUGGAAGGUAGAAGAAAAUUGCAAAAUACCACUGCACUGCCCGGAACAGCACCUUUUCUAUCAAAUUACCCUUCUGAGCCCCCGUUUCCUUCCACUAGCGGGACUCACGAUACUACCCACAUAAACACAUCUUCCAGAGUGCCACAGGAAUUAACCCAACCCGUCCCACCACCGGUAGCACUUGAUGAGUUCCAACGAUCAUAUCAUAAAGAUGGUGGUGAUCAGUCUAGUACCUAUGGUCUCCCUGUGCAACAGCGGUUUCAAGAUACAAAGGCCUUGCGGUUUGUUGUUGCCUUAUAUGCUUACGACCCCGCAACCAUGUCCCCGAACCCAGAUGCUGUUCAGGAAGAGUUGCCUUUCCAAGAAGGUCAAAUCAUUAAAAUAUUCGGUGACUGUGAUGAGGAUGGUUUUUAUUACGGAGAAUGCAAUGGGCUACGCGGUCUGGUACCGUCAAAUAUGGUGUCCAAACCAGAGCGAGAUAUUGGUCCAACAGAUUCAACGUACCCUGGUACAAGCAAUCGAAUGGAGCAGGUCAUGAACCAGGAGCGGCCACGAUAUCCUGAAGGGCCAUCGCUUCCACCGGGUCAGCUUAGCAGGCCGCGGCACAGACAUUACGGAACCAUGCACGCAUCGCAUCAGAAUGUACCAUCACACCAGAUUUCUGAUACAAUGACCGGUAGACCAUAUGGGUCAACAUCAGCCAUACAAAAUGGAGUGGCAUUUGCAGCACAGUCACAUUCUAGAAGAUCCCCGCUGGAUAAUCCACCCCUCCCACAAUGCAAAUCUACCAACACAGUUGCGAACUUAUACGCCCAGGAGGACCCCUGCUACGACUUUUCCAGACAACCAUCCAUGAGAGAACCCUCAUUAAGAACAUCCCAACAGCCGAUAUCUCGACAAAUGAGGGCUCCACAACUGGCUGGUGCCAAUGACCCGGGAAAACAAUCUCUACCAGGCAUGUCUAGGCAGAUGGUGGCCCUCUACGACUAUGAUCCCAGUGUACUCAGUCCAAACGCAGAUGCUGAUAGGGAACUCUCUUUUCGGAGUGGAGAACGCAUUGUUGUGUAUGGCGAAAUGGACGAGGAUGGGUUUUAUGAAGGGGAACUCUCCGAUGGGCGACGUGGUCUGGUUCCAUCCAACUUUCUGCGUGACAUAAGAACCGAUAUUGACCCGAUGGAUAGACGGGCUUCCAUAACUGCAAGAAGCAGUCAAAAACGGUCUCAAGCAGACUCCGGUAGCUUUAUGAAUAGUACGUAUAAAAACGAAACUUCACAAGCUCCAACGGGACCAUCAACAUCAGCUGGUUAUAGGCGAGACCAAGAAAAAGUAAAUUCGUUAUUUUCGAUACUUGAUUGUGUGGUUAUUCAGUAUUUUACGCCCUAUGGAGCACCAUAUUUAGUGACAAGAGAUCAUGCAGCUUCUAAAAACCAGAUGACUGCAUCUAAGGAUACAGUGAUCCAUACCGACUUUAGUGUGACAAACGAAACUAAUGUACAAAUCUCGAAGGCUAGUGUCGUGUUCUCUGAUUCGAGACAACUACUAAAGCGGUGUAUCACUGAAUUCAAAGGGGCAAAUGUACCAGGAUGCCGUAAGGGCUGUUUUGUAGCACGGCUGCGAGACCUGGCUUCUGCUAAUAGUGGAGCUGAGAUGCCUUCAGGUUUUCGGUAA